GAAUGGGUGUUAGAGCGUCUCCACCGAGCAUUCUGCUUUUCAAGUCGCCCCCAACCCCCGCAUCCCUUUUUAUGCCCUGUAACCAGCCUCCCCGUCUCCGGGAGAUGCUCUAAAGUUAAUUUUCCCCAUUUCAGAACUGUGCACCAGCCUGGGCCGGUUUGCAGAACGGAAUAGAACGUGGUCCCGGCGCAUCGGGACCGGCCAGUCCCAGACCCCGUAUUAGUGCCGGGCGGAGGGAGGCGCAGGACUCCGGAGUUUGGCUCUGAACGUUGUGAUUUCAGAGUUGGACGUUCUUCGAGAUUAUCUCACCCGAAACCUCAUUUUACAGAGCUAGCCUUUGGGCGCCUUGAGGAUAUUCCGUUUUGUAGGUUCGAAUAUUUUCUGACCGGAUUCAGCAUGAAGUGACAUCCUUAAUGAUUAUUCUCAGCAGGACAGGUGUGAGAGGAUUGCUAUUGUGUUACAAUCAUGGUGCAGAAAUACCAGUCACCGGUGAGGGUGUAUAAACACCCCUUUGAAUUAAUUAUGGCUGCCUAUGAAAGGAGGUUUCCUACAUGUCCUUUGAUCCCGAUGUUUGUGGACAGUGACACUGUGAAUGAGUUCAAGAGUGAAGAUGGGGCUAUUCACGUUAUAGAACGGCGCUGUAAGCUGGACAUAGACGCACCGAGGCUGCUUAAAAAGAUUGCGGGAGUUGAUUAUGUUUAUUUUGUCCAGAAAAACUCACUGAAUUCUCGGGAACGAACUUUGCACAUUGAGGCUCACAAUGAAACAUUUUCUAAUCGGGUCAUCAUCAAUGAGCACUGCUGCUACACCGUUCACCCGGAAAAUGAAGAUUGGACUUGUUUUGAACAGUCUGCAAGUUUAGAUAUUAAAUCUUUCUUUGGUUUUGAAAGUACAGUGGAAAAAAUUGCAAUGAAACAGUAUACCAGUAACAUUAAAAAAGGAAAGGAAAUCAUCGAAUACUAUCUUCGUCAGCUGGAAGAAGAAGGCAUAACGUUCGUGCCCCGCUGGACUCCGCCUUCCGUUGCCCCGUCCUCGGAGGCCUCCUCGUCGUGCAAGAAGCAGGCAGCGUCCUUAGCUGUUGUGGUUCCAGACGCUGCCCAGGCGGAGGGGCCGGGUAGCGAGGCCCUCGGCAGCCCCAGCGGGCCGCCCGAGCCCACGGCGGGGACCCCGGACGACAAACUAGACGCGGACUACAUCAAGAGGUACCUGGGUGAUUUGACCCCGCUACAGGAGAGCUGCCUGAUCCGACUUCGCCAGUGGCUCCAGGAGACCCAUAAGGGCAAAAUCCCGAAAGACGAGCAUAUUCUCCGGUUCCUACGUGCCCGGGACUUCAAUAUCGACAAAGCCAGAGAGAUCCUGUGUCAGUCCUUGACUUGGCGAAAGCAGCACCAGGUGGACUACAUUCUGGAGACCUGGAGCCCCCCGCAGGUCCUGCAGGACUACUACGCGGGGGGCUGGCACCACCACGACAAAGACGGGCGGCCGCUGUACGUGCUCCGGCUGGGGCAGAUGGACACCAAGGGCCUCGUGCGAGCCCUCGGGGAGGAGGCUCUGCUGCGCUACGUUCUCUCCAUAAACGAAGAAGGGCUGAGACGGUGUGAAGAAAAUACAAAAGUCUUUGGUCGACCCAUCAGCUCGUGGACCUGCCUGGUGGACCUGGAGGGGCUCAACAUGCGCCACCUGUGGAGACCCGGUGUCAAGGCCCUGCUGCGCAUCAUAGAGGUGGUGGAGGCCAACUACCCCGAGACGCUCGGCCGCCUCCUCAUCCUGCGCGCUCCCCGCGUCUUCCCGGUCCUCUGGACGCUGGUUAGUCCAUUCAUUGAUGACAACACCAGAAGGAAAUUCCUGAUUUAUGCAGGAAAUGACUACCAGGGUCCCGGAGGCCUGCUGGACUACAUCGAUAAAGAGAUCAUUCCAGAUUUCCUGAGCGGGGAGUGCAUGUGUGAGGUGCCCGAGGGCGGACUGGUCCCCAAGUCUCUGUACAGGACUGCGGAGGAGCUGGAGAACGAGGACCUCCGGCUCUGGACCGAGACCAUCUACCAGUCUGCAAGCGUCUUCAAAGGAGCCCCGCACGAGAUUCUCAUUCAGAUCGUGGAUGCCUCUUCAGUGAUCACUUGGGAUUUUGACGUGUGCAAAGGAGACAUCGUCUUCAACAUCUACCACUCCAAGAGGUCGCCCCAGCCCCCCAAGAAGGACUCCCUGGGGGCGCACAGCAUCACUUCCCCGGGAGGGAACAAUGUGCAGCUGAUAGACCGAGUCUGGCAGCUGGGCCGCGACUACAGCAUGGUGGAGUCGCCUCUGAUCUGCAGAGAAGGGGAGAGUGUGCAGGGCUCGCACGUGACCAGGUGGCCGGGCUUCUACAUCCUGCAGUGGAGGUUCCACAGCAUGCCCGCGUGCGCCGCCACCAACCUGCCGCGGGUGGACGACGUGCUGGCCUCCCUGCAGGUGUCGUCCCACAAGUGCAAAGUGAUGUACUACACCGAGGUGAUCGGCUCCGAGGACUUCCGAGGCUCUAUGACCAGCCUGGAGUCCAGCCACAGCGGGUUCUCCCAGCUGAGCGCCGCCACCACCUCCUCCAGCCAGUCUCAGUCCAGCUCCAUGAUUUCCAGACUCGAAGUCCCUCGAUACGAAGACUGAGUGACAGUGGGUCUGUUUGAAGGAAGCGGUGACCACAGGCCCCUGUGAACAGCAGGGUGAGUGCCUCACGCCAGAGUCACAAGGUCCGGGCUGGACGGCAGGUCAGCCAGCUCCCGUCACAGCCCCGCAGCCGGGGAACUCAGGAGCGGCCGUCCCCACGGCGUCCAGCGGGACCGCUCGCAUCUGCUCUCCGCUGUUGGCUGGGGGACCGGCCGACAGCCGACCGCGGCCCAGCUACAGCCGCCGAGAGACGGGGAGAGGGGAGAAGCCCCAGCAGAGACACCUGGAAGACACGCCCCACGCCCCGCAGCCGGUCUCCCCGGGGACUGGAGGGGUUUGUGGGGACGCACGCGCCAGCCUUUCUGAGCGGCCUCCCGAGACAGGGGCCCCUUCCUCUCCCGCCCAGACCGCCGUUCCCUGUGGCCCGGGUGCUGAGCCUCCUUCAGCAGCAAGUGGGGUGGGGACCGCACACCUCCAGGGGCGCUGCGGGCACCAUGGGCCGCUGUCUUCCCGCCGUAGGAGGCCUAGGAAAUUCGGACGGACUCAGUGCACGUCCCAGUUCCGGAGGAACCCAUCAGCACCCCCCGAUCCCCUACCCCUGCCUUCUCGCCCCUCUGCUGGGGCAGCCCUUGGGGGAUGAGGGCAAGAAGGAAGGGGCCAAUUCUUUCCCUUCCUGUUCUCUUACCUUCCCUAGAAAUUGCCUUUCCGCGUCCCUCCGUGUGCUGUGAGGAAGCGGGCAGUGGGAGGCCUGGGUCACACACAGGAGAGCUGGA